AUGGAUAAAUAUCUUUAACGCCAGGGUUGAGAGGGCUAUAUUCUGACGACGAUUCAAUGCCAAGAUAUGCGCAACAACAGACUGUUAUAAUGGAGGAAUACUUGAAGUGAAAAUUAUGUUGUUCUGUAAUUCUCCAUAAUGAAGUCCGGGUGAGGGUUUGUGAGCUAAUCAAAAUUGUACCUAAGCAAUAACAGGAAUCAUGGUGACUAAGAAAAUCCGUACGGAGUACAUGAAGAAAUUCAAAGAGCCGAAAUGGGAGACGUUUUCCAAGUGCUACGAGGACUCAGUGAAGUACAGGUUGACCAGGCGGGUGAUGGAACACGCUCACAAACCUCUGUGGUUCUGGGAGGGGUGGGAUACCUCGACCGGGUCAGACUCCAGCGCCAGUGGGCGGUCCACCCCCAAGGAGAGGAAUAAAGUCGCGCCUGUAGACAUCAAACUUCAGACACCACCAGUGAAGUCAGAAUCAAGGGAGAGCCCGAAACCGAAGCCUCCUUCUGUGAAUGGGGAACCAGAAUUGGAGGCCAAGGAGUUUACCCUCUUGGAUGCACUACCACCCACAGAGUCUGUAAUAGAGAACGGGGGCCUAAACGAACCAGAUGAGGGGACAGUUAACGGGUCAGUAGUACAACAUGGUCCAGUGGCUAAAACGCCAACAGAUGAGGGACCAGCAGACAAGGCGUCAUCAGAUGAGGAGCCAGUGAAGACUGAGCCUAAACGUCGCCACCGCCACCGUGUCCCUCACUCAGAACCAUGUCAAAGGGACUGUUCCUGUGACGACAUCAAGCCUGCGCCUGUCAGGAAGCCCUCCAGGGCAAAGAGCCAGCCCCCAGCCAUCACUACAGAGAAGGAGAACAGACAACCUUCGUCACGGCUCGACUGGGCAGAGAGACACGCGUCAUCUGCUAGGAGGUCUACAAAUGAGAGUCGCACAUCCGACACAUGCGUCCAGACCAGACGGGAGUCGGAUAAACGCUGUUGGAACGUGGACCGCAGGAGGGCACGGUCCGCCGACCUGGAGAAGAUACGGCGGUCGGAGUUGGCCGUGGUGGAUGACCGUUGGAUGACCGAGUACAUGCGCUGCUUCUCUGCCCGGUUGAGGUAGAGCACAAGGAUCAUGGGUAUUCCACCACCACCCGUCGACCGUUCUAUUUUUAACACCAUGUUUCCUUAUUGAGGAUUGGUUAACAGAACUAAAUUAUUAGAUUGGUUUAGACACCAAUUAGGGCCCUGAGGCCACGUAACCUGACUAGGAAGAACUCAGGUCCAUAAUCAUAAUGUAUGGUUGAUUUGAUAAGUUGAUCGCUGAGUUGGCGAUAUGCCACUUUUCUUCCACAAGGGAUGACACAAUCAUAGUAGAAUAUUGCAAGAUAUGUAGUUAUGCUUCUAGAAAUUGGACUGGUUUGUACAUGUUUAUGCUGCUGACUACAGAGUAUGAUUUAUACUGUAUUAUUAGACAUUCCAAGCAUGAUGAUGGUCUUUACACUUCGCUUUAGUUUGGUGGCAUUUUUUACAUUCUGUGUUGAUUAUGUCAUUUCAGGCUAUAUCACAAAGGCAGCUGAAUAAAAUCCAAAAGUUAGAUCAGGGUUAUUCAACCGGGAGUACUGCAGGGGGUCCGCAAUAAUAUAUAUACUAAAAGCUACAGUAGAAAAUAGGAGAAUGCUUUUAUUUGCAACUUUAUUUCUCUAUUCCUAAUAUUGAGCAAGUUACACUCAUUAGAGCUAGUUACACUCAUUGGAGCUAAUUACACUCAUUAGAGCUAAUUACACUCAUUAGAGCUAAUUACACUCACUGGAGUAUCUGACAUACUGUAGGCUUUGACAAAGCACCUGCUGGUAAGCUGUCUUGUCUUGCAUAUUCAUUUUUGUGAACACAUUCAUCCCCCAAAAAUUUGGAGUUACCUUUCUAGCUAAUAGGUUAUGUUAGAGUUUACACUUCCCCUUCCAAUUAUAAUGGGGGAGGUCAAAAUAAUGAAAACCUAUCUACCAAAUCUAUUAAUUUAAAAAUGUUGAUUAAUUCUCCUUGCCAUUCACCUGAUGAUAAGACAAGACAUGCGGAGGAAAAAGCAAGCGUAUGAUGGGGGUCGCCGGUUUACAGGCAGGGUUCCUGGGGAAGAAUUGACAUUUUUUAUUUAACUAGGCAAGUCAGUUAAGAACAAAUUCUUAUUUACAAUGACGGCCUACCCCGCCAAACCCGGACGACGCUGUGCCAAUUGUGCACCGCCCUAUGGGACUCCCAUCGAUGUGAUAUAGCCUGGAUUCAAACCAGGGACUGUAGUGACGCCUCUUGCACUGAGAUGCAGUGCCUUAGACCGCUGCGCCACUAGGGAGCAAGGUUGAAAACCCCUGAGUUAGAUGAAAGGACCAAACAAUUAUUGUUUUAGAUAUUACAGUAUUUUCAAACGACUAAAAGCCAUAGCCGAGGGGUUGUGGCAUAGAGCUGCAGAGAAAGAAACUGCUAGCGGGCUAAUAUCCUGCAUUAGCUUUAUUGUAUUAUGUUGCAAAUUUCAAUCUAAAUCUAGAAUGCAUUCCAGAGGAUUGUUUUUAUUAAUAUUUACAUUAAAGUUCUUAUCAUUAUUGUAGUGGACAGAAUGAAAUUGCAAUGUAACGUGGUAAAGAAAUGCCCUUAUGUGCUACAUUACCAAAUACGCUUUUUAGAGUAUGUCACUCACCAUCACCAUUGUCUUUGACAGGGUUUCGUAGGUUGACUUAUUUGAUGGUUAUUCUUACUGAAUUGUGAUGUCAGUACCAAGUUCUGUAUCUGUAAUUUAAAUUGAGGGCUAUUUUGACAGAAAUGAAGUGUUGUAUUUGAAAUCUUGGUUGUUGUGGGUUGUGAAAAAUGCUCAGUUUACAUACUUUUCCUUUUUACAAUGCUUAUUCAUAGUGCUAUUCACUCAGAAUGUUUUUACUCAUAAUGUAUACGUUUACAUUUCACUUUCACCAAAUCAUUCACUUUCACCUCUAUCUUAGCUUAGGAAUGGUUCCUUGAGGGAACGUUGGAAUGACGUUUCCAGACCGUCUCAUGGGGAACAUUGUAGGACCCCAGCAGUUUUUUGGAGUGGGGAAAUGGGUGUGGCUUUAAUUGACUAAUGCGUGUGCAAUCUGAUGAGACUUCCCUUGUGUCUGCCAGAGGGGAGUCUUUAGUGUGUGUGAUUGGUUGUGGUUGUAUGGGCAGAGAGAGCUCACUGUUAAGAAGAUUGGACUGGCAUUAUCUUACGGUCAUCUUUAUUCAGAGUGGUCAAAGAUCCAUUGCUGGUCAUGUGACACUUCCCUCCUAUGUCAUCAUGGAUUGGCAAAACAACCGAGUCAUUCUUUACUUGAACAUUGCAUUAUUUAUAAGAAGUUAUAGGAUUUAAUGUCAGGUUAUGACCAUGUCAAGAAAACUGAAGUGGCUGCUUAUAUCACAGACAGGUUUGACUAGUGUUUGUGUAUUCAUUGUCCUCUACAACAUUCCUUUAUGAAAAUGUUCAUUCCAAGAACCAUCUCUCAGGAAGGAAUAAGACACUAAUGAUUUGUCUAUAGACUUACUGUAACUACAAUGUGAUUAAAUGUGAUGUACUGUUUCAGGGGUUUGGAACACACUGAUUCAAAACUAAAAUGAUUGUUUUAUAUAGGACAUUAAUUGUUUGCGCUUUCUGAACAAAGAUUUUAGUUAUUUUUAUGUGUGGAUUUGAUUUGCAUAAGAUAUUAUUUGACCAAAAGUGAUAUGUGUAUCAUACCAUAGUACAUAUAACCAUGUUUGUGUUUUAUUUCAACAGAUGUUUACAUUUUUUUCACUGUAUUUGUAUUUGAAAACAUGCACAAUGAUAUAUAUUUUCAUCCACUUUGAAACAUUACUGUGAA